AUGACAGAAGUUGUUUUCCAAACAAUAAAUCGCCGAAAAAAGAAACUUUUUUUGGAUGGACCAACUGAGGUCAAUUCAAUCAAACAACAACUUAUGGAUUUAUUUGAUCCUAUAUCUGAAGGUGAGAUUAAUGGGAAAUUUGAUAAAGUUGAUCAUGGAUUAAUAUAUGCUGGGAAGUUAUACGAUGAUAAGGAUAUAGUAGGUGUUGAAAAAAAUGAUGAAACAGAUGAUGAAGAUAAUGUUCAAGAAGAGGAUGAUGGUCACAAUAGUGAAAGUGAUGGUGAAUCAAUGGAUAUUACUGAUCCUAAUUAUAAUGUUGAUGGUAUACAAGAUUUUUAUCAUGAGGUUUUAGAUGAGGAUGUUCAUAUGGAAGAUGCUGAACAUCAUGGUGAAAUAGUACGAGAAAUAUUUGCUUAUUCAAGUAGUACAGGUUCACAUAGUGAUGAAGAUAUGGCUGCUUUAAGUGAAAAUGAUAUAGAUAUUGGUGAUGGAGUUAUUACAACUGCUGAUGAAGAUGAUGAAGAUAAUGAGUCAAGUGAUGAAGAAACAGCUGUAGAUGGUGAAAGUGAUCAAUUAACAAACUCUGGAUUAGAUAGUUUAUCUUUAUCUGAAUUAAAUGAAACUGAAGAAGAUGGAAGUGAGGAGACAGGUUCAGAUAAUGAGGAUCUUCGUUCAGUUGAGAUACCAGAAAAUUAUCCUGAAGAAAAAGAUCCUACAAAUUCAACAAUGGCACAAACGAUAAGAUCUACAAUUGGACUUGGAUUUACAUCUACAGAAGUUAAAGCUUGUUUAGAAUAUUCAAAACAUGAUACUGAAUAUGCAUUAAAUAUUUUACUAGUUGGUUUUGAUGAUCUUAAAGAAGCUGAUUGGUGGGGUGUUGCUCCUUCAGCAGAAUGUAAUCCUAGUAAAAUAGAUAGUUUAUUGUCCGCUGAAUCCUUUCAAGAUUUAAGGUUACUCUUUCAAAGACAACCAUCAUUUUUAAAAUCUUAUCUUAAACGUAUCCAAAAAAUUCGUCCUGAAUUUAUUGAAACUGUAAAAAAAUAUGAAGAUAUAUUCAUUAAUUUAAUAAGUGUUCCAACAAGAUUACCACCAUCUGUAGAUGAUGAUAUGUUUGAUGAAAUGGAUGGAGUUCCUUUAAGUUCAAUGGUUAUGAAUACAUUUACCCGACAUGGGAACAAUGAUAUUCAUGCUAUUCAAAAUAUAAUUGAUGUAUUAAAUUCACCUGAAACUCAUUAUAAUGAUGCUAAUGCUACAAUUUCUGAAGCAGAUGAAGUUGUGAUUGAAAGAUUGAUGGAAUUUACAAGAAAACCUCGUGACGUUGUAAAAGUAGCAUAUCUUCGUGCGGAUAAAAAUGAACUAUUAGCAGCAAAUGUAUUGUUAGGAAUUGAUCCAUUUUAA